UUAGCGUAUCUUCUCAGAAAGCUCUUGCAAUGGACGGGCAGGCGGAGUCCGACAGCAAGCGGCGGACUCGGAGCUUCCUGGACGGUUUUGCGUUAGUGAAACAGGGGGCCGAGGCUCGGGUGUAUCGAGGGAAGUUUCUGGGUAAGGCAGCCAUUGUCAAGGAGAGGUUCCCUAAGGCCUACAGGCACCCGGCCCUGGACGAGAAGCUGAGCCACAGGCGGACAGCACAGGAAGUGCGCUCCAUCCUCAGGUGCAGGAAGGCAGGCAUUGCAGCUCCGGUGGUCUAUUUCGUCGACUAUGUCUCCAAUUGCAUUUUCCUUGAAGACAUCGAGGGAUCCACCACCGUCCGGGACUAUAUGAUAUCCGCGCAGAGGGCUGCCGGUGAUGAUGGCAAACUGUGCCUCCUGGCAGACAGAAUAGGACAGCUGUUGGCGCGAAUGCACGACGAGGACGUCAUCCACGGCGACCUCACGACAUCCAACAUGCUCCUGCGUUCUCCGUUUGAUGAUCUCGGCCUCGUUCUGAUCGACUUUGGCUUGAGCUUUAUCUCUGCGCUUCCAGAAGACAAAGGCGUCGAUCUGUACGUUCUAGAAAAGGCUUUUCUAAGCACUCACCCCAACACCGAGGACCUUUUCCAAGCCCUGUUGAAGAGUUACACUUCUGCCUCCAAGAAAUCAGGCCCCGUGAUUAAAAAGCUCGACGAAGUGAGACUGAGAGGGCGGAAAAGGUCGAUGGUCGGGUAAAGGACGCUGAAUCGUUAAUGGAUCAUGUUUGUAUUCAAAAAAAAAAGUUAUUUUUAUUUAAUAAAAAAAAUGC